UUUAUACUGCUUGUUGUCCUCAGUUUUUGUUCCGUUUAAUAUAACAAAAUUAAAAUAAUAAUUACAAAUUUAAUUUAAAAAAAAAAAGCAAGAGAGAGGAAGGAAAUGUUUCGCGAGGAAUCGAGUGGCUCCACCUUCGAUUUACCCGAGGAGGUGUUGCAACUUUUGCCGUCUGAUCCUUUUGAACAACUCGACAUCGCCCGCAAAAUCACUUCCCUUGCUCUCUUCACACGUGUCUCCGCUCUCGAAUCUGAGUCUUCUGCUUUGCGCGCUCAGCUCGCCGAGAAGGACUCCAUCAUCGCCGACCUCCAGGCUCAAAUUGAAUCCUUUGACUCUUCUCUCUCUGACAUCGCCGAUAAACUUUCCCAGGCCCAGCUCGCAAAGGAGAACUUGGAAAAAGAUAACGCAUGUUUGGCAAACACCGUCAAGAAGCUACAGAAAGAUGUGUCCAAGUUGGAGGUUUUUAGGAAAACUCUUGUGCAAUCACUUCAAGAGGAUGAAGAAACAACCUCUACUGGAGCUGCGCACGUCAUUGCCAAGCCUACGCCUCAUGAUGAAGCUACCCUCCCACCUUCAAGGUCUUUGUCAAUGAGGAGCCAGUUUUCAGAAACAGGAAUUUCUUCAUUUAAUGAGGAUCGUGAGACAGAUGCCUCAAGACCUGGUAUAUCUCAUGGGCUUUUACUUGCAUCUCAAACAAGCACACCUAAGAUUACUCCUCCUGGGUCCCCUCCAAGUCUAUCAGCUUCUGUAUCUCCCACGAGAACAUCUAAACCAGUUUCUCCAAGACGGCAUUCAAUGUCAUUUUCUACCACAAGAGGCAUGUUUGAUGAUAGGUCAUCUAUUUUUUCUUCAAGUCCACACAGUUCUGUAUCAAGCUCUGAUACAGGAUCACACACUGGACGAACACGAGUUGAUGGGAAAGAAUUCUUCCGCCAAGUCAGGAGCCGAUUAUCAUAUGAACAGUUUGGUGCAUUUCUGGCAAAUGUUAAGGAGCUGAAUGCACAUAAACAGACAAGAGAAGAGACUUUGAGGAAGGCUGAGGAGAUUUUUGGUUCAGAAAACAAGGACCUUUAUGCAAUAUUUGAGGGAUUAAUCACUCGUAAUGCCCAUAGAAACUGUUAAGCUGAAAGCACGAAACAUUACUCCAAUCUUUCAUUUUACCACAUUGUAAUGUUUGUCACACUUCUUUUUUCUGUAAAGUAAAUUGUAAUUCAAGUGCAUUGACACUUUUGUAUGAAUAAUCUUUUAAUUCA